AUUCACCAUUCAUUAUUACUCCAUCUGUCUUUCAAAUCCAAGUCCUAUCCCACACACCAUAAAUAUCCAACACCCGAUUCAGAUCACCAAAUCAAUUCUCAAGACAGCUGGUGCCGCCUGGAAUACUGUGGCGAGAUGGAGAACAGUACUUCCAAGCAGCCGCUUCUUCCCCCGCCGGACGAUGACCAGCAAGAACCUGAGCUCUCCAUCCAGGAUUAUUUGGCCUACAGAUGGUCCACUCAUUCCUUUGUUUCUUCCUUCGUCGAUGACGGCGACGAUAUUCCUCCCAUCGUCAGCCCCCGCCGCUUCUUCAAGGCCUUCACCAGGGAAUCCAAAAAGCUCUGGUAUUUAGCCGGUCCCGCCAUCUUCACCUCCAUUUGCCAGUACUCUCUCGGCGCCAUCACCCAAACAUUCGCUGGCCAUGUCGGCACCCUCGAUCUCGCUGCCUUCUCCAUCGAGAACACCGUCAUCGCCGGUUUAUCCUUCGGCGUCAUGUUGGGAAUGGGAAGCGCGCUGGAGACGCUGUGCGGGCAGGCGUACGGGGCUGGACAGAUAGAGAUGCUGGGCGUCUAUAUGCAAAGAUCGUGGGUUAUCCUUCUCACGACGGCCUUCCUGUUGACGUUUAUCUACAUCUUUGCCUUCCCAUUUUUGCAAUUGAUCGGCCAAGCGGAGGACAUAUCGCGGUUGGCCGGGAAAUUCGCCCUGUGGAUGAUUCCUCAGCUCUACGCCUACGCGUUGAAUUUCCCGAUCGCAAAGUUCUUGCAGGCCCAGAGCAAGAUCAUGGGCCUGGCCUGGAUCUCCAUGGUGGCGCUGGCGUUGCACGUACUGUUCAGCUGGCUGCUGAUGCUGAAACUCGGGUGGGGAAUGGCUGGCGGCGCGGUGGUGCUGAACGCGUCCUGGUGGUUCAUAGUGGUGGCGCAGCUGGUGUACAUAUUCAGCGGGACGUGCGGUAGAGCUUGGACGGGAUUUUCAUGGAGGGCGUUUCAGAAUCUCUGGGGUUUCAUGAGAUUGUCUCUGGCAUCAGCGGUGAUGUUGUGCUUGGAAACGUGGUACUUCAUGGCAUUGGUGUUGUUCGCUGGAUACUUGAAGAAUGCAGAGAUUGCUGUGGAUGCUCUAUCCAUAUGCACAAACAUAGUGGGGUGGGCUGUCAUGGUAGCCAUUGGAUUCAAUGCAGCAAUAAGCGUAAGAGUGUCGAACGAAUUAGGGGCAUCUCAUCCAAGAACGGCGAAAUUUUCUGUUUUGGUGGUGGUGAUAUCUGCCUUUGUCAUCGGCCUCCUAAUAUCCAUCGUUCUCCUCAUCUUCCAGAAACAGUAUCCUUACUUAUUUUCAAACAGUUCGGAAGUCAUAGAUCUCGUGUAUCAGCUCACACCAUUGCUUGCAUUCUGCAUUGUGGUCAACAAUGUUCAACCUGCUCUUUCAGGAGUGGCUAUCGGAGCUGGAUGGCAAGCGUUGGUUGCCUAUGUGAAUAUCGCAUGCUACUACGUGUUUGGUAUUCCCGUGGGUCUAAUAAUGGGAUAUGCCCUCAACAUGGGUGUAAAAGGAAUAUGGUACGGAAUGGUAGCAGGAACGGUUCUACAAACAAUGGUGCUCUUCUGGAUUGUUUACAAAACUAAUUGGAACAAAGAGGCGUCAGCUGCAGCUCAGAGGAUCAAGCUGUGGGGUGGAGGAGAUCAAAGAGAGGCUAAAACAAACGACGGUCGAGAAAUAAACUAUCUAUGAAAGAUUCAGCAGAAAGAAGCCUCUGGAUUUUGUGUGCGCAUUUGGAGAAUUCUUGAUUUGGUGUAAUAUAGAGCGAGUAGAGUCCAGUAUGAUGAAAAUUGUGUGUAAUUUAUAGUUUGUCAAGAUUGAUGAGAAUUGAAGAAUUCUUUGUUUGGUGUCAUUUUUUUGAAGUAUUUUUGCUUUGUUUCUUGACCUAAAGUUUUGAAGAGAAAUAUAAAGACUUGUGUUUGUAUUUA